UGGUCUCUGACCUGGGGUUGUGCAGGGAGCUGAGGCUGUCUGACCGUGAGCUCAGAGGCCCGGAGGUGGACCUACUAUAUGGAUGUGUCUGAUGCUGAUCCCCGAUAAAAGAGAAACAAAGAGAGAGAGAGAGAGACAGACACCGGAAGAGAAAGACAGAGACACACAGAGAGCAAGACAGACAGAGCUGCUUGUGUGAGGCCUGUGAGGGAGGAUUUCUGUCAGAGGGACAAAGAACUCUGUCUUCACUGAUUAGAGGCUGCAAAGCGGAAGCCCCUCUGUACUGCAAGAGAUCUUGGAGGAUUUACUGAACAACACAAAUAUGGAUUCCAGGAAUGGAAGGCGGCAUUCACACAGACAACUUCUCAGAUGCACAUUGUCUUAGCGGAAUACCCUACAACCCCCCACCCAGCCUACCUGGGCCCUUUUGGGCCCCAAACACAGGACACUCGGACACUCCUGACCGUGUGUGUGUGUGUAAAAGAGAGAAAAAUAAUUCAAGACAUGAUUUUUGGCAUGACUGAGUGAACAAGCCUUCAUCAUGACUACAGUGGAGAAGCGUCACUCUGGUCGCCGUGGCAGUAGCCACCGGAAACACAGCGAUGGUGGCUACAGCGACACAUCCAGCGGAAGCUCCUUCCUGGACGAGACGGAUCGUGAGGUCAGCAGUCUGACCGACCGCGCCUUCAGGAGCCUCUGCAUCGGUGAGGAGGCAGUUUACAAUGACUCAGACCUCUGCUCCUCCUCACCCUCCUCUCAGAGGGAGAGAAUGCAGGCAUUCAGCCAGGAAAGGCCAGGUCAGGAGUGGGGCAGGGAGGAGGAGAGGCAGGACAGGGAGGAGAGGGACAGAGAGAUGCUGAAGAGAGUUGCCCAGGAGAGCUUCAGUCAUAGCCUUGAGCAGUAUGGCCAGGAGGGGUCCUGGGUGCAGGGAGGGGGGGCUGAGACACUGCAGAGGGACCUGCAGCAGUGGGGGAGCUAUGGGGAAGGGGGGUUGUCUUCCACAUUCCAGCGCACCUCCACAGACAUAUCUCAGCAGGAGAAUAUUCUGACAGAGGAACGCCUGUCCUUACUUAGCAAUGGAGCCAUAGACCUUUGCGCACAGCAGCGUCGAAGUCGCUCCAGGGUCUCAUCUCUCAUCAAAGCCUUUAGCUCAGAGGGUUACAGAGACAAAGAUGCUGGUGGGUUACCAGAGGGACAACUCAGGGACUGGAACAACAUUGAGCCCAGCUGGGACAAAUCAGCUCUGAUGAGUAUCCAACGAGAGCUGUCAGAGUUCUCAACAGCAUACCACAACAACUUUAACACAGGCCCAUUCCCUUCCUCUUCCUUGUCUGGUCCCUUUCCCACCCCUGGCCCGUUUGGCCCUUUCUCUGGAGGUCCAAUACCCAACACUGCUACCCUCCCAUUUCCCCCCAGGGAGACCAGCCUCUACUCCUCAGAGGUGGCUGGUUCUGUGGCCCAUAUGGACACUUCAGGCUCCUCCUUCAUGAGGUCCGCCCACAGCAAACAGGGCAGCAUGUUCUCCCAGCUGAACUCCACAUCCAACUUCUUCAUGCACAGUGAGCUUAGCCCCUUCAGGGUGUGGAGGAACCAGGCCCGUUUCCCCUUCCAGCAUGGGGACCAGGUCUCCGGGUUCAUGUCUCCCAUGGAGUUCCCCAGAUGGUACGAGACGCCCAUGUACAAGGAGCUAACUAUGGGCCACCAAAUGCAGAGCCAUGCCAUGUUCUAUGAGCAGAGGGGGGUUCGCCCCCAGAGGAAACACCUGGAAGCUGUAGCCCCCCUGCCUCCCAACCGCUCGACCUCAACAUCCACGGUGCUACACAAGUCCCUUGCCCUGGAGAAACUCUCAGACUCUGAGCUGACCCAAUACCCACCGUGGAAACGCAGCCGGAGUGUAGGAUCCAAACACCUCUCCUCGCAUCGCCCCUCCACAGUCUCGCCCACUAACGACUGGUCCCGGCGUAACAGCCACGAGGGCGUCCACUCCGUCACCGAGCUCCGUCAGAAGGUCACCAUGGUGACCGCAGAGCAGAGCAUCGCCAUGGAAACUAGCAGCAGCAGCAGCACCACACCUUUCAACAUCAGCCAGCUGCUGACGCCCAUCAUCCACACACGUCAGGAUACCGAGACCUCCGAAGUCUUACCGCCCACCCUGUCACCCCCCCUUGCAGUUGAGUAUCCCCCAGCCCGGGGCGAAAGUCGGGGCGCCACUCCAGACACCAGGAUGUCCAACUACAAGUCCAGGGCCUCCAGCCUCCUCUUCAACCUAAAGGACAAUAGAAAGAGAGUGAAGAGCACCUACAGCCCCACCAAGUUCAAAGGCCUGGAGGUGACUGACAGGAGUAAGCAGCCGUCCACCUUGGACAGUUUUGAGCCAAGAGACACAAUCAUAGACAUACCCUCUACCCCAGACCUACAAAUCCCUCAGGUGAUUGUACAGGAGGAGCCUGCCAUGAUAGAUUAUUCAGCACGCUCGCAACACCCGCAGUCAUACCAACACCACAGUAAUCCAGGACAGAUGCCUACCAUCUCACCAACACACCCACAUUAUCACCCACAUCACAGCCCUGCACUGCUUCCUCCAAUAGCAUUUGCUGGGCAGCCCUCAUCCCCUAAUGCAGCCUAUACUGGCCAACAACGUACCUCGAGACCAGAGGACUAUCUGACUGUUAGGUCAACUGUAAAUCCAGGGUAUCAUGAGUACAAUACCAUUACACAGGAGGGCUACGCAGGAAAAGAGCACCUGUCUAACGGACAGGCUUGUCUGGGAGGUCUAACACCAUUAAACACUGCCAGGCCAGGGCCUGAGGCAACUAGGACAGAUAGCCUGGUCAUGUACCAGCAAACCAGCCCCAAUAAACUAGGUGUGCACAACACACAGCCUAUGAUGAGAUCUCCUCUUCUCAACCUAAACCUUAACACUACUCUAGACCCACCCUCGCCCUUCAGGGACACUCAGAGAACAAAUUCUUUCACCCCUAACCAAGCAAGAGAGAAGCAAGUUUCCGCACAGAGGUUGGAGCCCAGUCCCUAUACAGUGGCAGGCCAGAGGUCCACCGGAACAGACGGACAUGAGCAAGAGAGAGAGAAGAUGUUCAGUUACAGCGAUGCCUCCUCACAGGACAGUUGGAGACAUCAGGUUUUUGUUAACAACACAAACAACAAUGACGCAGAUCAAUUAGGAUUUAAUGACAGAGUUAAGCCAGUGGUGCCCCCUUGGAAAGGAGAUAUAGCUACUCUUAUAGAGAGAGAUAGUUUCUCACAGUCGACUCAAAGAACAGCUGGUGCACAGAAACAAAAGCUUAUCUCUGCAAGACAGCAAUAUGAAGCAAAGAGUGAGUGGGAUUUGAAGAAAGAACAGGGGAGGAAUGAACAGAAGGAGCCUUUGGAUACAGGAAUAACAUAUCCAAAAGGAGAAUUCUCAAAAGUGAUUAAUAAAUCCCCAAAGAAAGACAUGUUUCCUGUUUCAGAUCAAACACUGGCCAAUCACUAUGCUCCAAUCACUGAUGCCCCACUCAGAGACACUGCUUUUUAUGGGAAACAAAUACCUGGUAGGAUAACUGAUAUGUAUGGAAGUCAGGAGCAACACCAGUUCCAUAAGGGCUCACUGGUGAAAGAUAGUUAUCAGAUAAAGAAGGAUAAACUCAGUCGAGAUUACAGCCAGAAGAUGGCCUAUUCUGAGGCCAAUGCUAAGCAGGAAUAUCUUCAGAGAAAAGCACAGUCGUGGACGGAGGACAACACUGGGCCCAAAUAUCAAGGGUAUGAGGUGAAACAGCUUGGUGACCUGAACACUCAAAAGAAUUCAUCAUUCAACCAUACAGAUCAAGCCAAGGAAGACCUGGAUAGGGCAGAACAGGCUAAAGCAGAGCUAGCUAAAGCAGAGCUAGCUAAAGCAGAACAAGCUAAUGCAGAAAAAGCUCAAGCAGAGCUAGCUAAUGCAGAACAAGCUAAAGCAGAGCUAGCUAAAGCAGAACAAGCUAAAGCAGAACAAGCUAAUGCAGAAAAAGCUCAAGCAGAGCUAGCUAAAGCAGAACAAGCUAAAGCAGAGCUAGCUAAAGCAGAACUGGCUAAAGCAGAGCUAGCUAAAGCAGAGCUAGCUAAAGCAGAAAGAACAAAAUCAGAACAGUUGAUGGCAGAGCAAUAUAAAGAGGAGCUGGCAGAAGUAGAGCAAGCUGAAGCAGCCAUGGAGGAAACAGAAAAGGCUCAAAUGCAAGUCUCGAGUAUAGCUGUGGACAAAUCUGAUCAAAGUGAUGUGAUCAAAGAUCUGUCAGUCAGAAAUAGUUUGCAGAAAGGGAGUGCUACAGUCGGCAAAUAUGAUUGUCUACCUGUGGACAGCGCUGAUGAAUAUGCAAAAGUAAGAGAGAAGUAUGGUUUCAGUAGCACUCUCACAGCCAACAGAAACAUCCAGUCUGAUGCCACCUCAACUGACAGGGGUAAAAUGCCAGGGAUGGAAGAGGAUAAGGCAGCAUCACGAAAGGACAAGGAUGAAAUAAGCUCUGUCAUCGUGAAUGAAACUGCUGAGGUGGAGGAACAAGGGGAGACAGGUCAGAGUUCAAAAUACGAGGAAGUCAGAGAGAACCAGUAUAUUUACAGUGAGUCUUCAAAAGAAUUCAAACUGUUCAGUGCAAAUGAAUCAGCAACAGUGGAGGGUAAAACAGCAGAAUCUAUUAAAUCAAUCACAAAUGACCCCAAUGCAUCCAAGACUAAAGCAGAUCAACAAGAUUGUAGUGAGACUCCAGCACAUAAAGACAACUACACUCCCGUCAAGUCUCAGCUCCUUGAGAGGAAACCCAGCAAGCAAGCUGAGCAGAGUGGAACACUGAUUAAAGCUCCAACUUCUUCUAUGUCAUUUAGAGCCUUGUCUUACAAAGAAAGAGGCCAGACCAAACAGGAGAUCCUGACCUCUAAACUUAAGGCCCAUGCAGAAAAGGAGAUAUCAGCAAUCAAAGAAAAAGGCUAUGCUAUACGAGAUGGGUUUUUAACCAGAAACCCUACCAAACACCUGUCUUUAAGUGCCAACAUACGGCAGAAGCCCCAGACUCAAGAAGCUGUGAAGAAAGAGUCAACAGUUGUCAAUGAUACGCAGUUGAAACAACAUGAGGCCUCCACUGGAAAAAAUACUGAGGCAGACAAAUCUUUUUCACCUCCAGUCAGUGAAACCCAUGAUAGUCCGUUUGUGAAAAAGGAACUAAAAACAGAAACUAACCUUGUCCCUGACAACUUCAAUGAGGUAUUGAAACAUUUAGAGAAAGAAAAGAUGGAAUGCCUUUCGCAAGAGCAAAACAAUCCAUCAACACCUGUCCUAGGUGCCAGCAAAAAGGAUGCAGAAGAUGACAGUCUUCAAAUUAUGGGUAUUAUGGUGACUGUGAGAGAGAAAGAACCUUUGGAGCAAGUGGACAAAAGUAUCAUUCAAGAAGGCACUCCAGUGAAAGAUAAAGAUAACAACAAGUUUGAGGCAAUUACUACCAAUAAAACUCAGCCCAACCCAGACGAGUUCUCCAAUAAAGAUAAUGGUAAUAUGGAACACAAGACUCCCUCCUCCUCAGCUUUCUGUCCAGGUGAAAUAGCUUUACAUAAUGAAUCCCAACCAGCUGAACAAUGUAUGCUGCUGGAAACAAGCAAUCCAAGAGACUCUAUAGUUGAAGAUCCUGUAAUUGCAGAGCAAGAAGUUGAAAAAAUUAAGAAGGCAUGUGUGAUAAAAGAGAAAGGGAAUAAGUCAGAGGAGAAUUCUCUGUCCAAAGGAUGUCAGUCUAAGAGAGAAAUUGUACCCCAUGACCCCCCUGCUGUCAGAGACACAGCUAAAAAUAAACCACUGACUGAAACUCAACCCCUUCUCUUCAAACAGGGCAUAAUAGCCCAGAAAGCCAAAGACUAUGCUAAUGGGAACCUGAAUAAGAGCCUUGUGAAGAAGAGCAUUCAAGAUGGUGGACACUCCAGAGACCCUAUAGUGCUCCAAGAAGAUGCCGAUGUACACAGAGAUGGCGUUGCCAUUGCAGGCAUGAUUUCACCACCAGGGGAAGUUAUUUCAUUAACAAGUGUUCAACAGGUCAGUGAAGCUAUAGCCAAAGAGCUUCAGCAGGUUGAAAUAACAAAGUUUGAAAACGGAAAAAAAGAUACAGCAGUAGCAGAUGAUAAAAGUACAAGAUCUGUUCUCACUUCAACAAAGGUAACUGAGAAAGAGCUACACAAGAAUGGAUUCAUGAAAGAUGAGACAAACCAGGACACCAAAGCAAACCCAGAUGAAGUCUUUGUUUUGAACAAAAAUAAGACCAGAGCAGUGGAACUGAACUCAACCAAUGAGAUAGAUAUGGAGAAUAUGAAACUACAAAGUGAGAGCAAGAAAGAGGCUCAACUGAGGAAGGGGAGCGGUGCUAGGGGAGCAAGGGGAGAACCGGUAGACCAGGACAGUCAACGCAGGGAACCUGACCCUCAGACUAAAAAUGUCUCUGAUUCAUCAGCAAGAGAAAAUGCAAGUGCUAAACAAGAUGUCAAGGCUAAACCCGUUUUUGAGAUAUCGGCAAUUGCUGACUACGCUAGAUUAAAGGUCAUCUCCUCAGAGGAGGAAGACAGGCCUAAACUGGACAGUCCAGGGCGAAAGGAUGAUUACUUCCCCAGAAUCCAGACUCGCCCCAGCAGACGGCCUGUCUUCACUACAGAGGCUCCACAGGAGCAGGCAGUGAAAGAGGUGAUGUCGGGAGAAGAACCAAAGGUUACUGUGGGGAACAAAGACAGCAAUGCUUCUGCAGUUUUCUCAGCUAUGGAGCAGGAUCAGAAGAAGACAGGGAUGUUUGAGCUGAAGAAGAUGGUCCCAUCUAACAAGGCCAAAGAAGGAAAGGGAGUCACUUGCAUGGAGAAAGCACCUACCCAACAUCUCAAACACAACGCUGAGGCCACAUUGAGGAGUGAGGAGGGGGAGGAGAGACAGACAAAGAAGAAAGAUGAAGAGAGGAGGGAAGCAGAGCUAAGGAAGGAUGAGGAAAGAAAAGCAAAACAGAGAGAGGAGGAGAAAAGAGAAAAUGAGGAAGAGGAAAGGAAAGCAAAACAAAUAGAGGAGGAAAAGAGAAAGGAUGAGAAUAUGAGAAAGGAGAAGAGGAAGAAGGAAGAGGAGAGGAAAAGAGAGGAGGAUAGAAGAGCUAAAGAAGAGAGGAUGAAAGAGGAGGAAAGGAAAAAGGAGGAAAAGAGGAAAUUAGAGGAGGAGAUUAAAGCCAAAAAGACUGAGGAGAGGAGGAAGGAGGAGGAAAGGAGGAGGGAAGAAGAGAAGAAAGUGAAACAGAUGGAAGAGGAGAGGGAAAGGGAGGAGGAAAGAAGGAGAAAGGGGGAAAGGAGGAGAGAGGAGGAGAGAAACAGGGAGUCAGAGAGGAAAGCAAGACAAAUAGAAGAAGAGAGGAGAAGGGAAGAGGAAAAGAGGAAAGAAGAGGAGAGGAUAGCAAAAAAGAGAGAGGACGAGAAGAGAAGGGAAGAGGAGAUGAGAAAGGGGGAGGAGAAGAGGAGGGUAGAAGAGAGAAGGAAAGAGGAGAAGAGGAAGAGGGAGGAGGAGAGAAAGAGAGAGGAGGAGAGGAGGAAAGAAGAGGAAAGGAUCAUAAAAAACAGAGAGGAGGAGAAGAAAGCCAAAGAGGAGGAAGAGAAGAGAAAAGUGGAGCAGAGAAAGAGAGAAGAGGAAAAGAGAAGGGAAGAGGAGGAGAAGAGGAGAGAAGAAGAGAGGAAGAGGGAGGAGGAGAGAAACAGAGGAGAGGAGAGAAAGAGAGAGGAGGAGAGAAAGAGAGAGGUGGAGAGGAGGAAAGAAGAGGAGAGGAUAGCAAAAAAAAGAGAGGAUGAGAAGAAAGCUAAAGAGGAGGAGAAGAAAAAACAGGAGCAGAGACAGAAAGAAGAGGGAAAGAGAAGGGAGGAAGAGAAGAGAAAUGAGGAGGAGAGGAGGAGAACAGAGAGGAGAGAGGAGGAGAAGAAGAGGGAGGAGGAGAGAAAGAAAGAGGAGGAGAGGAAGAGGGAGGAGAGAAAGAAAGAGGAGGAGAGAAAGAGAGAAGAGGAGAGGAUAGCAAAAAAGAGAGAGGAGGAGAAGAAAAAAGAGGAGCAGAGAAAAAGAGAAGAGGAGGAGAGGAAGAGGGAGGAGAAAAAGAAAGAGGAGGAGAGAAAGAGAGAAGAGGAGAGGAUAGCAAAAAACAGAGAGGAGGAGAAGAAAAAAGAGGAGCAGAGAAAGAGAGAAGAGGAUAAGAGAAGGGAGGAAGAGAUGAGAAAGGAGGAGGAGAAGAGGAGAGAAGAGAGGAGAGAGGAGAGGAAGAGGGAGGAGGAGAGAAAGAGAGAGGAGGAGGGAAAGAGAGAGGAGGAGAGGAGGAAAGAAGAGGAGAGGAUCUCAAAAAAGAGAGAUGAGGAGAAGAAAAAAGAGGAGCAGAGAAAAAGAGAAGAGGAGAGGAAGAGGGAGGAGAAAAAGAAAGAGGAGGAGAGAAAGAGAGAAGAGGAGAGGAUAGCAAAAAAGAGAGAGGAGGAGAAGAAAGCUAAAGAGGAGGAGGAGAAAAAAGAGGAGCAUAGAAAGAGAGAAGAGGAUAAGAGAAGGGAGGAAGAGAUGAGAAAGGAGCAGGAGAAGAGGAGAGAAGAAGAGAGGAGAGAGGAGGAGAGGGAGGAGGAGAGAAAGAGAGAGGAGGAGAGCAGGAAAGAAGAGGAAAGGAUAGCAAAAAAGAGAGAGGAGGAGAAAAGAGCUAAAGAGGAGGAGGAGAAGAAAGAGGAAGAGCAGAGAAAGAGAGAAGAGGAGAGGGGGAAAGAGGAGGAAAAGAGGAAGAGGGAGGAGAGAAAGAGAGAGGAGGAGAGGAGGAAAGAAGAGGAGAGGAUAGCAAAAAAGAGAGAGGAGGAGCGAGCUAAAGAGGAGGAAAGAAAAAGAGGAGAGGAAAUGAGAAGGGAGGAAGAGAGGGAAAAGGGGGAGGAGAGGAGAAGAGAGGAAGAGAGGAGAGAGGAGGAGAGGAAGAGAGAGAGGGAGGAGGAGAGAAAUAUAGAGGAGAGGAGGAAAGAAGAGGAGAGGAUUGCAAAAAAAAGAGAGGAGAAGAUAGCUAAAGAGGAAGAGCAGAGAAGGAGGGAGGAAGAGAGAAAGAAAGAAGAAUUGAGGAGAAGGGAAGAGGAGAGAAAGAGGGAGGAAGAGAGGAGGAAAGAAGAAGAGAGAAGAGAAGAGGAGGGAAGGAGGGACGAAGAGAGGAGGAAAGAAGAAGAGAGAAAGAGGGAGGUGGAAAUAAAAGCAAGACAAAUAGAGGAAGAGAAGAGAAGGAAAGAAGAGAAGAUAAAAGAGGAGAGGAGAGUUAAACAGAUAGAGGAGGAGAGGAAAGAAAAGGAGAGGAUAGUACAAAAAAGAGAGGAGGAGAGAAAAAAAGAAGAAGAGAGAAGGGAACAGGAGAGAAAGGGAAAACAGAUAGAGGAAGACAGGAAAAGGGAUGAGGAGAGGAGAGAGAGAAGAAGAGAGGAGAUAAAGAUGGAGGAGGAGCGAAGGAGGGAGGAAGAAAGAAGAGAAAAAGAAGAGGAGAUACGCAAAGAAGAGAAGAGAAGGGAGGAAAGGAGAGAGGAGAGGAAGAGGGAAGCAGAGAGGAAGAUGGAGGAGAAGAGGAGAGCAAAAGAAGAAGAGGAAAACAGGAGAAAGAAGGAGGAGGAGAGUAUAAGGCAAGAUGAGAGGAGAAAGGAGGAGAGGAGAAGGGAGGAGGAGAAAAGAGCACAACAAAGAGAGGAGGAGAGAAGAGCUAAAGAAGAGGAGGAGAGGAAGCGGGAAGAGGAGAUAAAAGCAAAACAGAGACAGGAGGAGGAGAAGAGGGCAAAGGAGAAGAAGAGGAUGGAGGAGGAGAGGAGAGCAAAGGAAGAGGAAGAAAGGAGGAUAAAUGAGGCAAGGAUAAAGGAGGAAGUGAGGUUGAGGGAGGAACAUAGGAGAGCAAAACAGAGAGAAGAGAAGAGGAGGGCAGAAGAGGAGAAAAAGAGAGAAAUACAGAUAGACGAUGAGAGGAGAGAGGAAGAGAGAAGAGCAAAAGAGGAGAGGAAUAAGCUGGAGAGGAGAGCCAAAGAGAGGGAUGAGGAGAGAAGAGCAGCCCAGGAAGCCAGACAAGAGGCAGACAAGAUGGAUUCUCUACAGUAUUACUCAAUCAGUGCCUCUGAGGCAGAGAGAAGACCCAGGGAGAGACCCAUGCAUUCCCCUCUGCCUUCUCCACGGAAAGGGGACCUUCUGGAGCUGGAGCAAGCAGAGGAUGGGGAGUCCUUUGAAAGACCCCACCCUGCUGCCUCCCCUGCCCUGUCAGCCCCGCGCUCCAACACCUCGUCCCCGGCCCUAGGGCCCAAGCCCACCAUGUUCAAGGUGAAGGACAAUACCUUCAGGGGAUCUAUUCUCACCAAAACCAUCAGACCCCGCUUCUACAAGAGCUUAGAGGAAGACUCCAGAGUGGCCUCACCGCUGGAUGCCUGGAGGGGAGGAGGUGAGAGGGCGGAGGAGGAGCAGGAGAAGAGGAGGGAGACUUCUGACACCAAUGUACCCACACACCGGUCCCCAGUGGUCCAGCAGUCACCUGUCCCGAGCUCCCUCGCUCACACCCACGACUACCCCAGUAGCCUAUCAGAACACAGGGAAUACAGAGCCCGAGCCCGCCGCAGCCUAGCAUUGGACGAGGAAGACUCCCGCUCCGUCCUCAGCACAAUGUCAGAGGAUGUGGACAGCUUCGCCACCAGUGCUGGGGACCUGGGUGACUUUCGGGGAGCGUACGACUCGGACUGGGGCAGCAGGGGGGGCUACGAGAGGCCGGACUCCGCCUGCAGCUUCAGCAGUGAUGCAGGGAGGCCCCUGGGGAAGCCCCCCACCGUGCCCCCCAAGACAGAGAAGGCCUUGCGCAGAGCCAAGCGCCUGACUACACGCAGGAUCAAGAAGGAGUCAUCAAAGACUUCGCUUGACAGGGCCACCCCGGAUGACAAUCCUCUGAGGGAGGUGUCCAGUGUUCCAUCGUCCCCCUCAGACCUACGCUCCUCCGGCCGCUCCGCACUCUCCUCCCCCCACUUCUCAUCCCCCAUCUCCCUCCCCCACACCCCCACUCUUGUCUCUAGUGUCUCCUCCUCCACUGCUGAGCUUCGCCCCUCCCACCGUUCCUUCCACGCCUCCCCCCACGCCACCGCCCCAAUCUCCCUCCCCCUUGCCUCCCCACACCACUCCUCUCCCAUCUCCGUCCCCCUUGCACCCAGGUCAGUGUCCAGUGUCCCGUCCUCCCCCACACAGCCGUUGACCCAGUACCACGUAGAGCCCAGUUACCCCCUCACCCAGAGGAAGGUGCUCCAGGACCCUGGCUCUGGUCAGUAUUUUGUGGUGGACAUGCCUGUCCCUGUCAAGACUAAGACCUUCUUCGACCCGGAGACAGGGAAGUAUGUCCAGCUAAAUGUACGAAAGUCAGGACAGUCUGGGCCCCAGCCUCAACCCCAGGUCCCUUACACUCAUCCCCACCUCCCACAUACCCAAGCCCUGUCCCCAACUCCAUACUCCCAAGCUCAGCCACCCUACCCCAAAACCAUGUCUCCAACUCCAUACUCUCAAUCCCGGGUCCCAUACCCCAAAGCAAUGUCCCCAACUCCAUACACCCAAUCCCGGGUCUCAUAUCCCAAAACAAUGUCCCCAACUCCAUACACCCAAUCUCGGGUCCCAUACCCCUAUGCCAUGUCCCCCUCCUCCGUCCGUCACUAUCCCCACCACCAGGCCUACCAUCAGGGUUACCAGCCCCAGCCUGUAUCCUCCUUGCCCCCUCAGCGAUCCAGCUCAGGGAUGUCGGCUCCAGGCAGCUUCUCCCAGGACCUCCAGGAGCCUGAUUCGGGGAGGCAGAGUUGUGGCUGGGGGCAGGAGAACCAUGGUAGGGUGAGAAGCAGGAGCAGCCUGGGCUGUGUGAGCCAGGAGAGCUCACACAGACAGGUGUACAGCCCAGGGCAGGCUCCCUAUAUGGAUACGGGCUACGACGUGCAAACAUCGUAUGCACCCACACCGUACGAUACACACAAGGGAAGUGACAUGCGUAGCCAGCAGGGGGAGGGGAUAAUGUACAAUGAAAAUGAAAACCCCGCUCUCUCUGGACCUCCAGGUCGUGACAUCAUCACUAUGAGCGAGCUGGAGGACUUUGCCAUGGAUUCUUCUGAUUGGUGAUGACUGUGAUUGACAGCUUGUAUUGUCUAAUAGCUUAACAGUGUAUAUGUAGCAACACAGAUUGACAAAUAAAUAUGAAUGUCUAAAGAAACAGACUAGAUAUAUAGUGCAUUAAUAAGAAACAGAGAUAUGGUUGUAUAUGUGACCUAUUUAAGAAGAAAAAUAGAAAGUGUUUUAGAUAUAAAGUGUUUGUGUAAGGCUUGUUAAAUUGCUGGCCCUGACGAUUUCUGCUGCUGACGUUUUGUAGUGAUACAAAAAUAGAAGCUACUUAUGUAUAACUGUGUCACAGAAAAGUUUACCAUUCCAUUUUUGAAUGUGUUGAAGAUGAUCUGCUGGUCUAUUUGAUCAGCUCACUGUCACCUAAAACUGAGAGAGCAUAUUUGAGUACUUCUGAAGUAUUACUAUAGUAUCCGACAGACUAAGAAGAAGUCUUUGCUGCUUAGGACUGGUAUUUAUUUCAAUUGCAACAUAUAAUAUAUAGAGAUUUUUUAGAUUUUAAUGUAGUUAAUACAAUGUUGAAAUUUUUAAUAUGUGCAUGCAAUGUAGUGACUGAGAAGGCAACACAAGCUUGAUGCAAAUGGAAAAGAGACCCUGUGUUUUUAAGUGAAAUAACAUGACCUGAAUGUUGCUCUUUGACAAGUUUCAUAAUAAUGUAGACUGUACAUAAUAAUAAAUAGUCUGCAUUAUUUGUAAUGUUUGAGAAUGUUUCAGAAUUGCUGUGAAGUAAAACAGAGUGGCCUGGACUUGUAGCACACACAUGUUCUGCCAUAUAGUCCUCCAUCAGGAUUGUGAAUGUGGCCUUCAGAGGCACCUUAUAAGGAAACAAUUAAAAAGUAAACAUUUA